UAGGACCAUUCCACGGCUGCUGACAUCUCUUUUUUUUUUUCCCUUGUCCUUUCGGUUAAUGGUUCAGGCACCAGAGCUUACCAUAUUACUUGAACAAACAGCCGACACGACCUUACUGACGGCUCCGACGAACGCAAACUGCUUGUUGCUCUUGCUCUCCACCAAGUGAUUCAAUCUCGGGACCAACCUUUUUUUUCUUCCUUUCCUCCAUUUGCCGUCGCUCUCUCUGCCUGUCCGGCCGCAACCCUGAAACAAAUUCGCAGAACCAACACUUGCCACGAGAGAUACGAUCGCCGGCUGUUCCUUCUCGUCCAUUACUCUCUUCGCUUGAUUCACCAGGAUAAGGCUUUGGUCCUGACAGUCGCCAAUCUAGCCAUGCCAUAUUUACGGAGUUUGUUCAACUGGUCUUUGUAGAACGUGUAUACAUUGCGCUCUUUCUCCCCUCUCCCUCUCACUCUUUUCUCUCGACAAAACAGGAACUGCACCGGACGCUGAAUUUGAAAGGCGGAUCAAGCGUCCUGAUCGUUUGAUCGAGUCGAAAUCAUGACAAUGGAGGCCGCAGCAGCUUCGGAGAACCCCAAGACUCUGCCCACGCUUCCCUCCCCACCGUCAGUGCGCCAGUUGCCUCCCUCCGAACGACCGCCGUCUUUGCCUCUUCCCCGGACAUACGACAGCCAUUGGGGGCGACCAUACCACCCUUACGAAAACACAGAUCAAAGAGCGCCAUCUUCCUACUCAGCCUCUCCUCGAGAAGGUUCUCAUAUGGCAGAGUCAUACGGCAGGGCCGGUUGUAGCAUAACUCCCGCCUCCAGAACGCCCAACGGUACGUUCAGGCCGGUUAAUGGCGCCCACGAAGGCAACUCGAAUCCCCCGCCUAAUGCCUACCAACCUUCAAGCGACUUUCAUAGCCGGCCUGGCAAUUAUGGCGCCGACAGCAGCCACCCGAAUGGCGAACAUCAUGGCAUGCAGAUGAUCUCGCCCGUCGAUGGCAUGCAACCACCACCUCCUACCCACCGGUCGUAUCCUCCCAGCACGCCGAUGGCUCAGAGUCACGGCCCCUACGACCAGGGUAAUUACUACCUUAAUCAAGCUAACUCCCAAGCCCAGUCGCAGGCUCAGAGGCAGCGUCGAACCACCCGCGCGCAGCAGGCUUGCGAUCAAUGCCGUGCGCGAAAAGCAAAAUGUGAUGAGGGUCGCCCAUCAUGUAGUUUGUGUAAAGAAAGCAACUCCGUCUGUGUCUACAAGGAUGUUCCUCCCCAUAAACAUGAACGCUCGACUCAAUUGGUUUUGGAUCGCCUCAAGCAGCUGGACGAUCGAUUUAAUGACAUGCUAAAGAGCCAAGCAGAGCAAGACCUGAAAUUAGAGGCUUUGAUACGCGCUCAAAAAAUGUCUCCAUUGAGUCCGAAGCUUGAAAAGAAGCCCGAGGUAGCACACAAGACACCCACCCCUGCAGAACAGGAACGGACUUCACCCAAAGCUGCCAGUACAAGCGAAACCCCGACUGGAAAGCAUAUUAAAGACGAGCAUAUUGACCUACAUAUUGACGAUGAUGAACUUUCCAUCCCAAUCGAACAUACUACCGCAGCCCACAAACUUCUCCUAUGGCCAUCCAUCCAGAAACUACUACCUGAACGAAUUGAUGCGGACUAUGUCAUGGAAUUAGAGGAAGAGCGAGGUCCUAUCAGACCCUACGGACGGGGCGAAGGUGAAGAUGGACACGAUAUUAGCCGAUCUAUUGACAUGACGGACGGAUACCCCGACUCUCCAGUCUCAGACAGCUUUUCUCCUCAUGCUGGCCAUGAAAUUCAACGUUCCCUUGAUAAUGCAAUUGUUUUAUUGGUGCUAGCUCUAGGCUCGAUAUGCGGAUAUAAGGGGCCUAUCCCAGGUCCAGUACGCCAUGUACCAGCUGGCCCCUUCACACCUGUGAUGGGGGACCACUCUUUAGCCUCAUCAACCUCUCCGCCUGAGAGUAUGCCUUUUGCCAACCACCAUAGACGAUUUUCCACGCAGUCAACCCAUUUUGGCCCUGACCCGCCCGAUAUUAGGAAUAUGGAUGUCAUUCCUGGAAUGGCUUAUUAUGCACUUGCUUCCGAUAUUCUGGGCAAUUUGCAUGGCGGUAAUGAUCUAGCCCUUGCGCAGGCCUGCCUCCUAGCAGCCCUUUAUACGGGACAGCUUGCACACCCAUUUUCAAGCCAUGGAUGGAUUUAUCAAGCAGCGCGUGCCUGUCAGGUUUUGGUUCGACCGCGAAAAUAUGACUGUAUGCCCGAAGGCCCGAGGAAAGAUUUGAUAUGCCUAGUCUUUUGGACCUGUCUACAGCUUGAGAGUGAUAUACUAGCAGAGCUUGACCUGCCAGCCAGCGGGAUCAGCCGGCUAGAAGGGCGCAUGAACUUUCCCCGAGGAGUCUUUGCUCAUACCAUUCCAAAUGAAAUACACGCACCCAAUACUAUGAUGAUGAUGUAUUACCUUGUGCAAAUUCACCUUCGAAAAGUUCUUAACAGGAUUCAUACUGACCUAUAUAAGGCCGAAAAGCAAGGUGGUGAAAAGGCCCGCUGGUCGACCAAGAUCCAAGAGGCCCUAAGCUUCAACCUUGAGCAAUGGCGCAGUGGUCUCCCCGAGUACAUGCGUUGGGAAGAUUCUGACCCACCGGCGAAAGAUAUCAACACUGCACGCAUGCGCGGGAAAUACUAUGGCGCUAAAUACCUCAUCCACCGACCUUUGCUUCACCAUGCCCUGCAUCCAAUGGCCCCUAAGCCUCGCAACCCUGUCCCUGCUUCAUCCCCUUCUCAGUCUACCGUCUCCAGCUCCCAGUCUCAAGUGUCUCCAUCGCUUUCUCACGUCCAUCAGGCGGAGAAAAUGGAGCGAUACACAAGUGAGAUGGGCCCGCCAGUCCGGACACCAUCAAACGAUCCGCAGCCGCCGUUACUGAGCGACUUGGAGCCUAAGGUUUUCGAUGCAUGCAUGGUCUGCAUAAACGCUGCUAUGAACAGCACUGUUGCGUUUGAUGGAGUAGAAGGCCGCCCCAUAGUCACCAAUAUCUUUGGAACUGCUCAUGCUCAAUUCGGCAAUAUGCUUGUCCUCUCAGCAACAUAUACAUCUCAACUUUCUGCCCUUGUCGACGGCGACAAACUUUGUGCUCUACUUGAUCGAACCAUUAAAUUUCUGCUACGAAGCAGACAUAUCUCUCCCACCUUACGGAAAGAUGCAGAAAUAUUAACCCUGAUAAGGCGCAAACUCUUUGAACAAAACCCCCAGCCGCAGCCACAACCUCAACCGCAGUCGACACAAACCGGAAGUUUCUCCAAUGACCGAUGA